CACUUUCUCAAAAAAAAAAACAAUAAGAAGAAAACAACAUUAUUAUUCUCUCUUGCAUCUUACUCCCACUCUUAUUCGGAUCUCGAUCUCGACCUCCAUUUCCCAAAAAAAAAACAAUGAACAAGAUGAUCUUCUUCCUCUUCAUCAUGAUGUUUGGUCUAUCUUCAUUGCAAAUCCAAUCUCAAACCAUCCCAAGAAACAUCAGCAUUUUCAUAUUAGCCGGUCAAAGCAACAUGGCGGGUCGGGGCGGCGUUUAUAACGACACCGCCAAGAACAUCACCGUGUGGGACGGCGUUAUUCCACGGGAAUGUAGAUCAAACCCUUCGAUCCUCCGUCUCACAGCCAAACUCGAGUGGGAGGAAGCUAACGAGCCACUCCACGCUGAUAUAGACGUUAACAAGACUAAUGGUGUUGGACCGGGGAUGCCAUUUGCUAACCGGGUGGUUAACCGUUUUGGUUAUGUUGGUUUGGUUCCGUGCUCUAUUGGUGGGACUAAACUAAGUCAAUGGCAAAAGGGUGAGUUCUUGUACGAGGAAACGGUGAGGAGAGCUAAAGCUGCGAUGGUGGCUAGUGGAGGUGGCUCGUACGAGGCCGUUUUGUGGUAUCAGGGUGAGUCGGAUACGGUGGAUAUGGUGGAUGCUUCAGUAUAUAAAAACAGACUAGUCCAGUUUUUUAGUGAUCUACGAAAUGAUUUACAACAUCCAAAUCUUCCUAUUAUCCAGGUGGCUCUUGCUACAGGCGCAGGACCAUAUCUUGACGCGGUAAGGAAAGCACAACUGGAGACGGGUCUUGAGAACGUGCAUUGUGUUGACGCAAAGGGCCUACCUCUUGAACCGGACGGCUUGCAUCUGACCACGUCUUCUCAGGUCCGGCUAGGACAGAUGAUGGUCGAUGCGUUUUUGGCCAUUCCCAAUUCAGCCGAAUUACACCCUGGCUUCUCUGUCCUUGUUCUGUUUUGUCUAUUCUUUUUAUAGUAUUUUUGGACCUACCUUAAUAUUUUUUUUUUGGAUACUUGUUUAUGAUAUUUAGGGUAUACAGCUUGAAAAUGUUUCGAUCAUAUCCUAUACC